UUCUGUCAACAUAGGUUUGAAGAAACAGUGAUUGAUCCAUACAAUUUUACAAACAGUCCUCUCAAUUACAACUCAUCCAAGUAUAAAGAUGACUAUGAUGAUGAUGAUUAUGAUGAGAAUACAGAUCUCAGGAAAUCUCUCAUCAUGUCACUCAUAGUCUAUAGUCUGGCUUUUGUACUUGGAGUGGUGGGCAAUGGCAUUGUCAUUUGGGUUACUGGUUUCAAAAUUAAAAGGACGAUCAACACGGUCUGGUUUCUGAACCUUGCUGUAGCAGACUUCCUCUUCACAGCCUUCCUCCCUCUCAGCAUGGCAUAUACGGCUAUGAGCUUACACUGGCAUUUUGGCCAGUUCAUGUGCAAAUUCAACAGCACACUCAGUUUCCUCAACAUGUUUGCCAGUGUGUACAUUGUGGUUGUGAUCAUUGUUGACCACUGUGUGUCUGUGGUACGUCCGAUCUGGGCACAGAACCAUCGGAAUCUGAGCCGAGCUUCUGUGGUGAGCUUUGGAGUUUGGUUAUUUGCCCUGGUGUUGAGCUCACCCUACUUUGUCUUCGGGGACACUGCACCCGACCACAGCAACCCAAACACAAUCAACUGCUUCAACAACUUUGCAUUCUCCCAUGACUAUGAAACACCAGAGGUGGUGGAGUUCCAUAUUCUACGGCAUCGUGCCAUGAUCAUACCUUUCAUCAUAGGCUUUGUGGUGCCUUUUGUGAUCAUCGUCUCCUUCUAUGCAGUCAUUGUCCAUCGUCUCCAAAGAAACCGUUCCAUGUCUGGCCGAACUGGACGGCCCUUCAAGAUAAUUGCUGCUGUGAUCACCGCCUUCUUCAUCUGUUGGGCUCCUUACCAUAUCCUGGUGCUCAUUGACAUGGUAAACCACACGGGAAUGAAAUACAUCUCCACCCUGCAAUUUGUCACUGUUGGAAUUCCCAUAGCGACCAGCUUGGCUUUCCUAAACAGCUGCCUGAACCCAUUGUUGUAUGUUUUCAUGGGACAAGACUUUAAAGAUAAGGUGCGCAAGUCAAUCCUUAAGGUUUUGGAAACUGCUUUCACAGAGGAAGUUUCACGAACAAAUACCUACACAAAUUUAAUGCCCACUAUACGUAACAAAGAGAAUGGGAGCAAGUCUUUCACUGAUGCUUAAGUAUAACAGUAUAACAUAAAUGAAGUACUUUUUCUAAAGAAGGACUUUACAGAGUGUCUCAUAUGGAUUUAAUGCCAUCAUAAAUAAAAGUGAGACACAUUAACCUGAAGAACUGGACCAAAAUAAA